GAAGUGAAUCACUAUGGCGGCCGCAGACGUAGCAGUGCUCAAGAACGAUCUUCCACGUUCGCUGAAGCAGUCGGGGCAUGUCGGUUUCGACAGUCUACCCGACCAGCUGGUCAGCAAGAGCGUCCAGAAUGGGUUCGUGUUCAACAUCAUGUGCAUCGGCGAGACGGGCCUGGGCAAAUCGACACUGAUGGACUCGCUGUUCAACACCAACUUCGAGUCGGUGCCCAGCCCUCAUACGAUGCCGAGCGUGAAGCUGAAGGCGCAUACGUACGAGCUGCAGGAAAGCAUGGUUCGUUUGAAGCUGACCAUCUGCGACACGGUUGGGUACGGCGAUCAGAUCAACAAGGACGACUCGUUCAAGGCGGUAGUGGACUACAUUGAUCAGCAAUUCGAAGCGUACCUGCAGGAGGAACUGAAAAUCAAACGCUCACUGUCGACGUAUCAUGACAGUCGCACGCAUAUCUGUCUGUACUUCAUCUGCCCGACCGGUCACGGGCUGAAGUCGCUCGAUCUGGUGUGCAUGAAGAUGCUCGACUCGAAGGUCAACAUCAUUCCGAUCAUCGCGAAGGCGGACACGAUCUCGAAGACGGAACUGUCGAAGUUUAAGGCGAAGAUCAACGAGGAGCUGCGGGCGAACGGUGUGCAGAUCUACCACUUCCCGACCGACGACGAGUCGGUGGCGGAGAUCAACAGCACGAUGAACUCGCACAUCCCGUUCGCGGUGGUCGGCAGCACGGACUUUGUGCGCGUCGGCAAUAAGACGGUCCGGGCGCGCCAGUACCCGUGGGGUACGGUGCAGGUGGAGAACGAGGCACACUGUGACUUCGUGAAGCUGCGCGAGAUGCUGAUCCGCACCAACAUGGAGGACAUGCGGGAGAAGACGCACACGCGCCACUUCGAGCUGUACCGCCAGAAGCGCCUGGAAGAGAUGGGCUUCACCGAUGUGGACAGCGACAACAAGCCCGUUUCGUUCCAGCAGACGUUCGAGGCAAAGCGCAGCAACCACCUGGCGGAGCUGCAGGCCAAAGAGGACGAGGUGCGCCAGAUGUUUGUCGUGCGCGUGAAGGAGAAGGAAGCUGAGCUGAAGGAGAGUGAAAAGGAGCUCCAUGCCAAAUUCGACAAGCUGAAGAAGGACCACGCGGAGGAGAAACGCAAGCUGGAGGAAUCGCGCAAGAAGCUCGAGGAAGAGUUUGUCGAGUUCAACCGCCGCAAGUCGCAGAUGGCCGUCUCGCACCACACGCUCACGCUAGGCAAGAGCAAAAAGAAAUGAAACAUGUAAACGUGUUUGGCCACGUUUCUGCUAACCAUCUUUUGUUCUGCAUGACCCCAGCUUUACAGGGUUUGUUUUUGGUAUGUGUUUUAAAUUUUUAUGUGUUUUUCUUUUUACCUGGUAUCGACCGGCACAUUUUUGCAUUCUUAAUCCAUUUAAAAGACGCCAAUAUGUCUCCCGUCUUCGACCCGUCCGUCUGGACUAGAUCAGUACAGUUUACAACGCCAAAAAGGUUCCAAUUUUUAAAAGACUCUUUACACCAGCAAGUUAGUAGCAGACUUUUACGACAGUUUUUUUUUUCUGGAAAAGAAGACAAAGUUUAAGUACAAAUUUCGAGAUCGGAACGAAAAGAGUUGAAUUACUCCGUAUGUUUUUUUUUGUUCUCGAGUGCAAACCAUCAUGAUUCAAGGCAGAUGAAAAGUAUUAAAAGUAAAAUGGAAACCGUAUCGAAGGGAACAUCCAAGACAAAGUUUAUUUCAUAUGUUUUGAAGGGAAAAGGAGGGAAACGUUUGGAGGGAACUGUAAACCGAAAAACAAUUUUUAAACAAAUAAUUUUCCGGUGUUUCUAGUAAGGAUUGCAAUGGACCGGAGGAAUGGUAUAAACGGCGGCGAACACAAUAGAUUAGGAGUAUGAAACCUACGAUCGAUAAACUUAAUCAUGAAGUAACCACCCUUGACCAACUCCAGGGUAUACGUAGGGAAAUUCCUUUCGAAGCCACAAGCCAGUCUCACGUCGCAAACGGACACCACGGGGUAGGAAAGCUCGGACAUGCGGAGGGCAAAAUCUAGCCUCGAUGUUGGCAUGUUCGAUUUCCGGUUUCGUGAUUCCGUCAGUGAAACUGAGUCAUUGUGUGCAUCUUAAAAAAAAAGAAUCAGAAUUACAAAAAGUAAGCAGCUUUUCAUUAUGCCUAGUUCAUCGGACUGCUGUACAAAGUGCAACUACUAGAAGCUUGUGUUUGCUUCCGGACGAACGGUUCGACCGCAAAACCCAAAACCGGUUGAACAGUAUCCGAAUUGACAAAGCAAUCAACUAUAGGAACUUAAAUAGCAAACGAAUCUUUAUCUCAUCCCAACUUACAGCAAUCGUUCGCAAAAUGUCGAUUCUGUUCUGACUGCUUGGCUUUGCACGGUCCGUUAGUUGACGUCCUUUUAGUUCCGCAGUAAAAGAAAACAAAAAGAAAGGUCCAGCAAAACACUGGGCCAAAGAAAAACCAAACUUUUGAAACACGGACGUGGCAGCAUCGGAUGAAGAUCAAAGAUUUUAUUUACCUUCGCUUAAGAGCAGCGUUGCAAUAAUGACGAUAUUGCGCGUAAGUCUAUAUUUAAUGUAUCUAUACUGCCUAAAAUACAGUCUAUAAAAAUCGAAAUGAA